GUGGCAUGCGAGGUGUUAGAAAAGUCCGAGCAGUACCCCGCGUUCUUCUGUUUACACCGUAAAAAGUGAAUAGAAGAUGCAGUUCUCCGGUGUGUCAGCGCAAGGUUCGUUCCAGCCGGUGAGAGUGACUGUUCCGUGGUCCAUGAUAAUUAUGCAGGAACCUGUUACUGGCAGCACCUUGUGAAGGCUUGCAAGAAGAGGGUGAAAACGGGAGAAUUUCUCCCGGUUCAGUUUAUCCACUGGAAAGUGAAGCAGCAACUACAGUAUGGUUGCGCUGACAAAGGGACGCUACCUCUCAUUGGGCUUCGUGUUUCUUGUUUAUUGCACAACUUGCACGAAAUCUAAAGGAGCCACAGGUGACAUCCUGCCAGACUCCCUACCGUCAGUCCCAGGUACCCUGCCUCACUUCCUGAAGGAACCAGAAGAUGCCUACAUUAUCAAAAGCAACCCUAUCAAGCUGCUGUGUCGGGCUGUGCCUGCCCUGCAGAUCUUCUUCAAGUGCAAUGGAGAAUGGGUGCACCAGAAUGAACAUGUGUCCCGAGAGUACAUGGAUCAGAACACUGGUCUGAAGGUGCGUGAGGUGCUGAUCAACGUGUCCCGUCAGCAGGUGGAGGACUUCCAUGGCCCAGAGGACUACUGGUGUCUGUGUGUGGCCUGGAGCCACCUGGGCACCUCCAAGAGCCGCAAGGCCACGGUACACAUCGCAUACCUGAGGAAGAACUUUGAGCAGGACCCCCAGGGGAAGGAAGUGCCAAUCAAAGGGAUGAUCGUGCUGCAUUGCCGCCCCCCAGAGGGAGUGCCCACGGCAGAGGUGGAGUGGUUGAAGAACGAAGAGCUAGUGAGCUCCCUGACCGAUGACAACAUUGACACCCGAGCUGACCACAAUCUCAUCAUCAACGAGGCACGACUGUCCGACUCGGGAAACUACACGUGCCUGGCCAGCAACAUUGUGGCCAAGAAACGCAGUGCCACAGCCACUGUGAUUGUUUUUGUGAAUGGUGGUUGGUCGCUGUGGACAGAGUGGUUUCCUUGUAACGUGCCCUGUGGUCGGGGUGUCCAGAAACGCUCCCGUACCUGUACCAACCCUGCCCCACUCAACGGAGGGGCUUUCUGCCAGGGCAUGUCUGUGCAGAAGAUCACCUGUAAUGCCCUCUGUCCAAUUAACGGUGGCUGGGAAGAGUGGAGUGAGUGGACGGUGUGCAGUGUGCAGUGUGAAAGACAGCGUAGGAGGGAGUGCAAUAACCCACCACCCAGACACAGGGGCAAGAUGUGUGAGGGGCCCAGCAAUGCCACAAAGAACUGCACUGGAGGAAUGUGUACCCAGAAUGGAAAGCUGCUGCAUGAUGUUAAACCUCAAAGUAUGGACGGCUCCAACGACGUGGCUCUAUACUCUGGGCUGGUGUCGGGGGUCAUAGUUGUGGCUGUCCUUGUGGUGGCCGUCAUGCUGUACAGGAGGAGCCAGAGCAACUACGGCGUUGACGUCAUCGACUCAUCCGCGCUAACCGGAGGCUUCCAGUCAUUCACCUUCAAGACUACCAGACAAGGGAGCCCACUGCUUCUCAACUCCUCUCUGCAGCCAGACCUGACAGUGGGCCGGACUUAUAGCAGACCCAUCUGCUUCCAGGACUCAAUAGACAAUAAAGAGCUCUUUGACCCCCUGCCAGACAUCAAGGUCAAAGUUCAGAGCUCCUUUAUGGUUUCACUAGGUGUGGCCGACCGCGCUGAGUACCACGCACCCAAAGGCCAUCCGCCUGAGACCUUCCCCAGGGGGCUGAACCGAGACUACAGCAACAGCACUGUGGAGAGACGGAGCACCAAGAAGGGCCUGCUCACCCCCAACGGGCCCCCCCUAACCCCCACUGAAGAUCAGAUGAGAACCACGGGCGUGUUUGGGUAUCUGGGCGGCCGGUUGGUGGUGCCAAAUACUGGAGUCAGCCUGCUGGUGCCCCAUGGUGCGAUCGCUGAGGACACUUCCUGGGAGAUGUACGUGGUGAUAAAUCAGGGAGAGUCCAGUGUCCAGACGGAGGAAGGCUGUGAGAUCCUACUAGGACCAGAGGUCACCUAUGGUCCUCUAGGCCUAGACCUCUCCAGUCCUGUUGCUAUGACGAUAGCUCACUGUGCUGAGGUUGACACUGAGAACUGGAACAUCCAACUGAAGAGGAAAACACAGGACAACAAAUGGGAGGAAGUGAUGUCAGUGGAGGAUGAGUCAACAUUCUGUUACUGCCUGAUGGACUCCAGUAGCUGCCACCUGCUGCUGGACCAGCCUGGCUCCUACGCCCUGGUUGGUGAACCACUCACCCAGGUAGCCGUGAAGAGGCUGAAGCUAGCAGUGUUUGGCAGCAUGGGGGCCACCCCCAUGGACUACAGCCUCCGAGUGUACUGUGUGGAUGACACGCCAUACGCCUUUCAGGGAGUGGUGGCCACAGAGACGGGUAGAGGAGGACAGCUCCUGGAGGAACCCAAGAUGCUGCCUUUCAGAGGGAACACCUUCAGCCUCCAGGUCUACAUCCAGGAUGUCCCACAAUUUCUAUGGAGCAUCAAACCCUUUACUACGUGUCAGGAAUUCUCCUUCUCCCAAGUGUGGUGCAGCAACCAGCAGCCCCUGCACUGUGCCUUCUCCCUGGAGAAAUACAGCCCCACCACCACCCAGCUCUCCUGCAAGAUCAGCGUGCGUCAGGUCAAAGGUCAUGAGCAGAUUCUGCAGGUCUAUACGUCCGUGGCGGAGAGCGAGAAGGAGUCAGUCCCAUUUUUUAUGCAGACGGACUGCACCAUCACCUCACAGACGGGGCCCAAGGCCUUCAAAAUUCCCCUCUCCAUCCGCCAGAGGAUAUGUGCCACCUUCGACACUGCCAACGCCAAGGGCAAGGACUGGCAGCUCUUAGCCCAGAAACUCCAUCUAGAUAGAAACCUGUCGUAUUUUGUUAAGCAACAGAGCCCCUCUGCGGUCAUACUGAGCCUGUGGGAGGCACGACACCAAGACACUGGUGACCUUGACUCUCUGGCAAGCGCUCUGGAGGAAAUUGGCAAGAUCCACUCCAAAAGCACUGCAGCAACGAGCCAGGAGGACCCUGAAUCAGACUUAGUACAUCAUUUAGGAACAGGAACCCCAGGCAACCCAGUGUGUGGAAUGGGUGAACUCUCCAAUCAUGAGACUGCUAACUCAGUCACAGAGUAUACUGGCUGACUUAUAAGAGGAAUUCUAAUUCUUCUUCUACAAAGAUCCCAACAACCCAAGUGUAAUGCAUAUCCACGUAUGCACAGAUAACUUAGUGGUGGAUUUAAAUGUCCAUAAGAUGGAGAUUGUUGUUCACAGAGCAAGACAACAUGACAGGCAAAAAUGACCACUGAAAAAAAAUUAAAAAUCUGUCAUUGCUGUGUGUAUACUGUAUCCACCCUUUUCUGAGGAUGUACUGUAAAUCUGUUUUGAUUUCUGUGUUCUAUUCCCUCCAUUCUUUUCCUCUUAGUUAAUCCAUCUUAAAUCAGGCUGCCUUUCAUUUGAGUUUGUGUUGCCUUUGUUUUCUUAUUCUGUUGUUGAGACCCACCAAUGCUCUUCAGCGAGUGGAACUGCCCUCAGUGCCCAAAUGGAACCCUAUUCCCUAUGUAGUACACUACUUCUGACCAGAGCCCUAUGGACCCUGGUGAAAAGUAGUGCACUAAAUAGGGAAUAGGGUGCGCUAUUUGGGAAGAAACCAAUAUCACACCCAUUUACCGUAAGACAUCUGUAUGGUAUUUGUUCCUAUUUGAAUACUAGGUUAUCAAUUCCAAAUAAUGUAUCAAAUGGGAGAAACCACUCUGAAAAAGGUAUAAAAGGUACAGAGUUUAAUAACAUGCGUUUUACUGUAAUGGCAAAACCCCUGACAAUGAUGGAAAUGUAUUUUUGUCAGGCUACGGUAUUUUGUGUGUGUGUUUGUGUGCGCGAGUUGUGGUUUGGCCACCCUGGGGGAGAAGGACAAAGCUGGAGGAGUUGUAAGACAUCAUUUCCUGGCACUGUGCCAUGUGCAUCACUGUAUCUUAUCACCCACUUUCAGCCAUUGACACCUGUCAAAGAGCUGCAUAUCUACCCGCCACACACAAGCCCCCCAACAGAGGCACAGCACUUCACAACUACACAGGACAUCAAUGUGGAUAUAAUGUGUUAUAGUAUGGAAGCCUUUCUGAUACAUUAAGCAGGCAUGUUUAGCAUCCUGUUGUACUGUAUUAGUAAGGAGGGCCCAUAGGGCUCUGAACAAAAGUAGUGCACUAUGUAGGGAAUAUGGUGCCAUUUGGGACGCAUCUUAAAUGUCAUAGGAAAGCAGGGGAUUAUGAAUUACUGGUCUGAAUAAUAGGCACUGGAUUGAAAUUUUUUUGAAAAGACAAACACAAAAGAAUGCAACAGUAAUUCAUAGGAUGGAUUUUUUCCCCCAUGAAAUUCAUAGGAGGGAUGUAUACUUCAAAGUCAUUCUUAUGAUGCAUAUUUAUGUUUUAUGUGUUCAGUAUGAUUUCUCAUCUACAGGCUUGGAUCAUGUCUCUUUGUAGUUAUUCACAGCUUUCAUUGGUAUAGUAUUAUGAUCAUAAUAACAAGGAUUUGAAAUUAUCUGAAUACUUUUUGAAAAUGUCUCUCAGAGGUGUCUCACUCCAAUAUUGCUGUUACAUUUUACAAAAGACGCUCGACUUGUUGAUUGUACACCUGUUGCAGUCUCCUCUGAACUACUGUCCCUAAAACACUGUUGGCACAUAGUUUGUUAUAUGCAAUUUCAUAUACAACAGGAUGCAUCCCAAAUGAUACCUCUAUUCCCGAUAGUGCGUGACUUUUGAAUAGUGCACUUUAAAGGUAAUAGGGUACCAUUUGGGACACAAACAUGCAGUGUUGAGCUGAAGAGUGUUUAUGCUACAUGACCAGAUUUAUGUACUGUUUCUGUUGCUCUCAUCAUAAAGGAUUACAUUAGAGCUGAAGUUACAUUGUACGUGAAACAUACAUUGCUAUUCAGAUAGUACACAUUCGCUAUCCUCUACUGAUCAAUCGAAUGUUAAUCGUUAUACAGUCCAGCUGACUAUAGAACAGAUUAGUGAGUGAGCUUUACAUUUUGAAUAUGAUUGUUUUCUUAAUUGUUAGUUGUUGAAUUCUCCUUCCAUGUACUAAUGUGAGCAACAGUGGUACAAAAAAUGGAAGCAAGUGUGCUGUUGUAAUGCUAAACAGUGGCUGAUGUUGCAUUAAGAGCAUUUGUCUGUGAAAUACAAUACAUCAUAACAACCAAACAGAAUUGUAACUAUUUUAUUUAAUGUAGCCUAUUGCAGCAAUGCUGAGUCAUAUCCAAUUUAUUAAAUGUUGAAGUUAAGUUUGUAAAUGUUAAGUGGGGCCACUGGGCUUUGAACCAUGAAUAAACACACACACACUCUGUAUACUUA